CAACAACAAAGUAUGCAGGGCACAGAGUUCAGACGGGAAUGUGACUAUUCUUGCUUCUUUUAUCCACCAUAAUCGAACCUGGGCCUGACAAUACUAUUUCCCACCUUGUUUUUUUCUAUUUUACCCCUCCUCCUCCGCGCGUAAGCAUUUCCUGUGCGGGGGGCUUGCGGUUGAGUUCCAUUUUCUCCAUGCAGGCAUGUUUUCUUCCAUUUUACCCCCCACGAUUUAUUUGGUGGAUUUUUUUCCUUUUCCAUUUCCAUUUACAUUUUACUAUGUUCGGGGGGCUGGUUGAUGGGCUGGUGGGCGGCGGCGGCUAUUUGAUUUUGAUUUUCCCGCAUUUGUGUUCGCAUCGCAUCUUUCCCGAUUUUUUGCUGUGUUUUUUUGAUAAUGUUUAUAUAUAGAUGGGGUACGGGAGUUCUCUGGGUGUUUUUUUUGUGUUUCAUUUUUUCUGUUUCGUUUUGUUUAGCGGGGCGGGGGUGAGGAGGAGAUGGCAGUUGGCAAGUGGAAGACGGGGGGUUGGGGAUUGGGAUAUCUGCCGCGUUCGUUCGGGAGAAAUGUGGGG